AGGCGAGUGAUAAUACAACACCGCAGGGUUAAAACUUUUGAAGACGCAGGCUAGUGACACACAGAAAAAUCUUAAAGAAGUACUCGGUUUUUACGAAUGAUGAGUAUACCGCAUAGCCAUAAUUUAUCAGCAACACAUUUGCUGGCCUCCCCGGAUGGUUCACGUUACUUACUGGAAAAUUCCAAUGAUCUGCAUCAAUUAGAUGAAAGCUAUUCUCGACUGCCUGGUUGUGGCUCAGGUACUGAUGGUACAGCGCUCUGGACGCGACAUGGCAUAUCCAAUCAUAAUUCCAUAAUAGGAUGUUUUUUAAUCUGUCAACGCAGUCUAAAAGAGUAUAUGGCACGACGAAAGAUUGAGCGAGGAUUGCGUCUAUAUGAACAGCAUAACCAAAAUGCUGCGGUUCGCAUUUGGCGGAGCGCUUUAAAAGCGGCCAUUCGUCGCGAGGAUUGUUUUCAGUUACUUGGCUACCUCUAUCAGGCUCAUAUGGAUUGGGGUAAAUAUCGCGAAGCGAUCGAGUUUGGGCAUCGGCAGUUAGGCAUUUCCGAAGAGUUGGACUCACCUACGAUGAGGGCGGAAACUUAUCUGAACUUAGCAAGGGCCCAUGAACGAUUGGGCGGUCUUGAACGAGCACUCAGUUAUGCUCGCCACUCAUUAUAUAACGAGUGCGGUUCGCAGUGCCGUACUGGAGGCUUAGUCCACUUGACAGUAGCUCGCGUUUACUUGGAAAUGGGUGGGUUUUCACGCGCGCUUGAAAGGUUACAAGGAGCACACAAAAUAGCUACGACAAUUGAAGACCCAUCGCUGGAGUUGCAAGUUUACGUUGCGCUCUCUGAGCUAUUUGACCGUUUGCAAGACAAUGAUAAAAGUGCAACCUAUGCAUCCAAGGCCUAUGAUCUAUCACGAUCAUUGCAACUGCGCGAUCUUAACUCGUCACAUCAUCGGGCUGCAUUAUUGCGCAUGGCAUCUGCUCUUCGCAAACAAGGUGACCUAGGGGAUGCACAUGACUAUUGUAUGGAAGCUACACGCCUUUCACUGAUCUCGGGGGAUCAAGCGACAUAUACUCGUAGUUUGCGGGUGAUGGGAGAUAUCUACCGCAAGAAAGUGGACAUGGAUCGUGCCUUUCGACAAUACGAACAAGCUAUGGGUACUUCAGCUACACUUGGAGAUCGUAUGGCUCAAAUGGAGGCGAUGGAUGGGGCAGCACGCUGUUUAGAAGAUUUGCGAUUACAGCAGAAGAUUUGCAAUUGUCGUCCACUUGAGUUCAACACGCGCCUGCUAGAGGUCGCAAGCACCAUUGGCGCUAAGCUCCUUGUGCGUAAAAUACGUAGUCGUCUAGCUCUUAUCUACCGUGCUCUCGGAGAUGAGGAACAAUACAAUACACAUUCACGCUUAGCCAGCCAAACAGAUGCAGCGUUGGGGCUAUUUUGUGGUGCAUGUAAUGAAACCUUUGGCUUAGAACCGGACUCAAUUGAAGCAUUGCCUUGUGCUCAUAUCCUGCAUGCCCGCCAUAAUGCCAGAGGCCGACGUAACCUAGUGCGCGACUACCGUUCGGUUAGUCCUGUGUACGAUCUCGACUGCGAACAUAAAAUAUCACACAAGGGAUAG